AUGGUAGUGGAUAGUAAUGUUGUCGCGCAAGAAGCAGGAAUUAAUGCUAUUUGUUCUUUUCUGGAGUUUGGAGGGUCUAAUGCGUGUACCAAGACUCGAAGCCAAGUUAUUAGUGCAAUUGCAGAAAAAGGGCUGGCAUCCACCAGAGCUGGUACCAAACAAAAAUCUAUCAGUGCGCUUUUAUGGUAUAUUGAACUGGAUGCUCCUGACCCUGUUAUCGAGUCUUUGCUACCAGCGUUGUCGGCAAAAUUACCAAAGCUUGUGGCUGGUGUAGUUGCUGCUUUAAACGAGAUCUACAGUACCUUCGGUUGCAAAGUUUGUUCUCCGAAACUUGUUCUUGAUGUGAUCCCCCAAUUGUUUGCUCACGCCGAUAAAAAUGUUCGGGCUGAAACAACAAAUUUAUCAGUAACCUUGAGAUCUUAUAUGGGCAAGGUGUUUGACACCAUUAUCUUCGAGAAGUUGAAGCCAAUUCAGCAGAAGGAUUUGGCAAAAGCGUUUGACAAGAUUGAGGGUACACCGACACCAAAACGUUUCCUGAGAUCGCACCAAGCUCAGAUAGCUGAAUCUAAAACAGGCUCAGAGGAUAUCUCAAUGACUGAUGCACAAGAAAAUUCCGGUGACCAACUGGACGCUUUUGACCUGAUUGAUCCUGUUGAUGUUCUUUCCAAGAUACCAAGUGAUUUCAAAUCAAGAGUCGAGUCUCCUAAAUGGAAAGAUAGGGUUGAAGUCUUGGAAGAAGUUUUGAAUGAAUUUAGGCAUCCCAAGUUAAAAAACGAUGACUACAUGGAUUUGAUAAGGAUUUUGAGCAAAUGUCUCAAAGAUGCCAACAUACAGGUAGUAACCUUGGCCUCUAAAGUAAUUGAGAGAUUGGGAAGCGGAAUACAACAGGAUUUCCAUCGUUAUGUUAUGAUUUUAAUCUCACCCCUGCUUGAGAGAACAAAAGAGAAAAAGCAGUCGGUGUUAGAUGCCAUUUCAGCCGCGCUGGAUGUGUGCUUCAAAUUCUCGACUUUGAAUGAACUUCUCGAGCCGACACUCCAGUAUAUGUGUCACAAAACCCCUCAAAUUAAGAUCGAAAGCUCCAAGUUUCUGAUUAGAUGUCUCAAGCAAACGGACACCAUACCUAAAAAGCAAGAACUUGAUUCAAUCAUGCAGAUUUCUUUACGACUGAUGUCAGAUUCACUGGCCCCGGUAAGAGAUCUUGCUUGUGAAAUUACGGCGACCCUUAUGAAGAUCGUUGGUGAACGACAACUCAGGCCAUAUUUGGAGGGAAUAGAUUCUAGGAAAACAAAGAAGAUUGACGAAUACUUAAGCUCCUGUGAAGUGAAAGCAGUUGGAACAAAACAAAAUCCCGAAGGCGCCUCUCUUCAGAGAGCUGCGGUUCCAGCUAUUUCACAUAGAAGUGGCUUGCUUGAUUCUGCAAUGCCUGCAGGGCAGGGCCGUUCAGUAACUCCGAAUUCAAGCAAAGUUUCCGAGCCUUCUUUGACAGCCAGGAAGUUGGCAAGUACGUCAACCACUAUACCAUCCAAGCGCGGACCUUCUUCCCCUCUAAAAUCAUCAGCAGCUACCGGCAAGAUGAAUCUGACUUCAAGAACACUCAAGCCCGCCAGUUCGCAAUCGCUGAGUCGAGCUCAAUACACAACACCCUCACUCAACUCGUCGGAGAGAGAGCUCCUUGACUCGUUGAAGGCAGAAAAGUUAGAGUGGGUUCAAAGAAGAAAGGAGUUUCAGAGUCAGUUGGACACAAAGACAGAGGAAAUUGCUUGCUUGAAUAAAAAACUAGAUGACCAACAGGUGAGACUGACGGAAGCCACUAUGGCUGUCAAAUCAAAAGAUAUUCAACUUUCUCGACUUCAAAGCGAUCUCAAUCAAAGUGAAUCAAAGAUAAGAGAACUGCAAUACCAAUUGCAGCAGGCAUUAUCGGAGAAGGUCACGGUAAAGGAAGAACCAGAUGAUAACUUUAAAAACUCUCUCCAACAACGGGAGAAACUAGACUCAAGAUCGGAUUUGAACAGAAGGAUUUCCGACCUGAGUAUCCACAAUGGCUUGGAAAAAGAAAACUACUUUGGAUCCAACGCUGGAGGAACCACUAGUACGAGAAGUAAAUUCAGCUCAGGUCUAUACGAUGUCGACUCGAACGAUGACAGCUGGAGGAAAGCCGCUGAAGUUACCAACCAGCUGAAGGCAAGAAUUGAGAUGAUGAAAUCCAAGUCUAGAACGUUCAAUCAAUUAUAA